AUGCCAGCCCCAUCGGAUGCUCCAGCAGGAGCAGCAACAGGACCUUCAGUACCACCUCCAUCAGUAGAGAGGAGAGCGAGACGGGCUCCGACACACAGCCGAGGCAGAGUUAGGGGCACCCGUGGCAAGAGUGGCCCUUCUGAGCACAUUCUAGGCGAUGAUGAUGACGAGACGAGCGAGGAGGAGGAUGAGGCGGCGAGUCCAGAGUCAGAGUCAUUUGAGGAUGGAGAUGAUGAUGCCGGCUCAGAUUCUGCUAGAGGCGAGGCUGGAGAGACUGAUGAGGGCUCCGGUUUAGACUCUGAUUUGGAUUCAGACAACGGUGCCGAUGGUGAUAAUGCUCCAGAGUUUGCCCCACCGAAGAAGAGGACAAAGAGGGCCUCUCGAGCUUGA